AUGUUUUCAUCGCCUCCACCUGUGUUAUCCUAUCGACCCCAACAACCUCAGCAACAACCAUUUGGUCAAUCAUCUUUUUCACCUUAUUCUCAACAAACUUCGACAGCGCAACCUUACCAUAAUAAUUAUUACUACACCAAUAACAACAACAACACCACGCCCAAUCAAAAUCUUUUCCUAACAUCCAAUCAAAGUAGAACCAGUUUAAACUUACCAUCACACGUUGCCGAUGUUUCGUUCCAUCAUGGUUAUGAUACUGAACCGCUCAUGCAAACAUAUACACCUCACUCAUCAGCAAGGGGUUAUGUGCCACCUCAACUCUGA